CCCGCAGGUGGACCCCCUGCGGCAGGUCUGCCUGGUGCAGUUCGAGGACGACUCCCAGUUCCUGGUGCUCUGGAAGGACAUCAACCCAGCCGCCGUGCCCGGGGAGGAGCUCUCCUGCUGCGUGUGCCACUCGGAGGCUGAGGGUCCGGAGAACCGGCUGGUGCGGUGCGAGAAGUGCAGCCACGCCUACCACCAGCAAUGCCACCUGCCCAGGGUGCUCGGCGAGGGCGCCUGGACCUGCCGGCAGUGCGUCUUCGCGGUGGCCACCAAGCGGGGCGGCGCCCUCAAGAAGGGCCCCUACGCCAAGGCCAUGCUGGGCAUGAAGCUGGUGCUGCCUUACCAGCUGAAGGGGCUGGAGUGGGACGCCGAGCACCUCAGCAACCGGCAGCAGUGCUACUGCUACUGCGGCGGCCCCGGCGAGUGGAACCUCAAGAUGCUGCAGUGCCGCCUGUGCGCCCAGUGGUUCCAUGAGGCCUGCACCCAGUGCCUGAGCAAGCCGCUGCUCUACGGCGACAGGUUCUACGUCUUCGAGUGCUGCGUGUGCACCGGGGGCCCCGAGAGCGUCCGGCGCCUCCCCCUGAGAUGGGUGGACGUGGCCCACCUCAUCCUGUACCACCUCAGCAUCUGUUGCAAGAAGAAGUACUUCGACUUUGAGCGGGAGAUCCUGCCUUUCGCCAGCGAGAACUGGGACAGCCUCCUGCUGGGAGAGCUCUCGGACACCCCCAAGGGGGAGCGGUACAGCCAGCUGCUGAGCGCCCUGACCGGCCACAAGGACAGGUUCAUCUCCGGCAAGGAGAUCAAGAAGCGCAAGGGCCUCUUCGGGCUGCACCUGCGUGUCCCUCCGCCCGCGCCCCAGCUCCCGGACGGCUCCGGGGGCAGCAAGCCCCCCCUCGCCAAAGACGGCAGCUUCCUUUCAGGGCAGGGCAGGCGUGGGAAGGGGCCGGAGCGCCGGAGGGCCCGGGGGCGUCUGGCCAGGAGGGACGCGGCCCCCUGCGGGGAGGAGCAGCAGCGCAGCGCAGGGGAGAGGCAGCCGCCGGAGGGAGCCCUCGCGCAGGAGGUGGUGCAGACCCCGGGCAGCGCUAGCCAGAGCGACGGCGGCUCCGGCGGCCCCGCCAGCACCUACAACUUCCGCCGCACCGACGCUCGCUGCCAGGACAGCGCCCCCAUCCGGAUGUUCGCCUCCUUCCACCCAUCCGCCAACACCGCAGGGACCCUGAGCACGAGCGGCGCCCUCCCGCUGGACCCCUGCGACGCGACCGGCAGCGAACACGAGAGCCCCGAGCGGCCCGCCCCCUGCCUGCCCUGCCCGGCCCCGGCCCCGGCCCCAACCCCGGCCCCGGCCACCAAGCGCCGGGUGCAGCCCCAGGCCCCCGCACCCCCUGCCGCCUGCGUCCCCGCCAGCCCCUCGGCCCACAGCAGCUACUUUGGGGCCAUGGGGCGGCUGGCCCGGGGCGAGGCCGUGCGCAUCCUGGCCCGCCGGGUCACCACCGAGGGCACCGUGCAGUACCUGGUCGAGUGGGACGGCGGGGGCAUGUUCUAGCCCCGGGCAAGAGGGACGCCGUGCCGCGGCGGGGCCCGGGACGCCCGGCGAAGAGGGCAGCCAGGACCCCCUGGACCUGUGGGGCGGGCCCGGCUCCCGCCCCAGGACCGCUGACUCGCGGCUCCUUCCCGAGGGGGAGGGACGGCCUGGGCGGCAGGAUCCCUCUGCCCGCGCUCCGCACCGCUGCCGCCGCCGCCACCGCCUCGCAGUCAUCCCGUGCAAGUUUCUUUCGGCUGAUUUCCCCGCUGUUUCACCGGUACCGGUUUCAUUAAGGAGGCCUGCUUGGGGUGGGGGGGGCUGCCCCCCACCCCCGGCGCCUGCACCGCUGCUUCUGCGCGUCCCGGGCCGCCGCCGCGGAACUGACUGUACAAAGCGCCACAGAAUAAAGAGCUCUGGUCAA